UAUAUCAUGUCAUGCAAUGAAUGCGGUAAUAUUACUGAUACUAUCACUGAUACCGCUAAUUGUCAUUUUGUACUGACACUAAGUAGCUGAGUCUGACUGACAGUGCAAAAUUAAGAGAAAAAAAGGUUUCAAAAUAUGUUUUGCUUUGCUAAACUUUGGCUCUUGAUGUGAUGUACUUUUUUUUAUGUAAUUUUUAAUAUUUCACAUCGUAAUUAAGAUAAGGGAUUAGAUUCUUAGUUUAAUAUAAUUGGAAUCGUAAUAACAUUUUGCCGCGAAAAUGUUGCGUACAAAAAUUCAUAUAGCGAUAAGUGUUAUUGGGGUUGUUUUGGGUUUAUCAGCUUUUAUAUGUUUAUGCAUUGUUUACGCAAAUAUUGAAGCUGGAAUGUGGGCGCUCUUAUCCGGUAUCCAUUCAGCAUUGGCUCUGUUGAUGCAUUACCACUACUUAAGAGAGUCUCUACAUGCAAACUUUUCACGAAGAGCACUACAAUACAUUGAGGAGUUUGGUAUCAUUGGAUUUGUCUCUGGCGCUGGUUUGACAUUAUUCUACAUAUUCUUGGAAAUUUAUUACAAGUCUGGUUUAUUACCAGUUCAAACUAGUAUUAUCAUCCGUUUGGUGUGGUCUUUCAUCAUGAUGAAGUGGGGUUUGAUGGUCUACAUAGCCACUAGGAAAUAUCAGCGGACUUACAAUGACGAACAGCUGUUUUCGGAGAGCCCUAAUAUUGAGGAGACAUAAUUUUCUAGAUAACCAACCUAACUAUAGAAUUCAAUAGCUUCAGGUACACUUUCAAUUUUUUGUAUGCAGUUAUCAAAAUCAUAGUUAAAUAGUACUUGUUAGUUUGUAUUACCAUGUUAAUAAAUAAAAUAUAAUUUAAAAAAAUGUAUCCUAAUAUAUUGGCAUUUAGAGAGACUACUUUAGUGAAUUGAAUUAAUUUGUUUAUGUAUGUGGUAUACCACAUUUAUAAAUACGCAUUCGAUCUAACAUAUCGCCCAGACUGAUCGGAUACUAUCGUGUCAAUAUAUAUUUUAAACUUACAAUUAAUAGGUAAAUUACACACAUAAGUAAUUGUGAUUAUAAACUGUAUCAGAAGUUAAUCUAAAAAUACAGGGACUUUAUUUAUUCCAAUUAUUGACUAAAAGUGAUAAAUUAUAGCGAUGUGUUUAAAUAUAAUCUAUUUUUAACAUAUUACCAAAUAGAUUAGGAUGUAGGCUUAAAUAUUACGUGCAUAUUUUUUCUUUUUGUCUAUCUGCGAUCAGCUAAAAAGCUUUCAUCAAAUUUGAUUGCUUUUGUUAUCUAUCGCUUUGAAGUUAUCACAUCCAGUGAUGUUAAAUCUAGUGAUGUAAAAUGACGACCUUU